AUGUCGUCUGUAAUCUCCUCAAAGAAUUCAUUUAAGUCAUUAGUUCGUUCACACUCAUCAGUAUCCAAAUGUUCUACUUCAAAAGCAAAAUUUAUCUGGCGUUUUCCACCAUCCAAAUUUGACCAUUUACCAAGUUGUACAGUAGAGAGAUUAACAACAUUUCCUAUUCAACCAUUGAGUAACGAUGAUGAACUUAUCCAACGACAAGAAUUAGCUUUGCUUAUCUAUGAAUUGGCUGCACAUAUUAAUGUAUCAUUUACGUGUGUUUAUACUGGUGUGGUUUAUAUGCAUCGAUUCUUUAUGCUACAUCCUUUUCAACAAUGUAUGAAGAAAAUAGUAGCAGCAGCAUGUCUUUUUCUAGCUUGUAAAGUAAAUGAAAUUCCACGACCAUUAAAUGAAUUUACUCGAUACUUAUGUCAAAUUCUGAAUCCAAACAAUCAUCUAGUCGUUCAAGAUUCUUUGUCACCAUCAUUGGCACCCAUCGUACAAGAAAAUAUUACACCGGAAAUCUUGUCAACUUAUAGUCAACAGAUCAUUGAUUAUGAAAAUAUGCUCUUGUCCACUCUCGGCUUUUGUCUCAAUGUCGAUCAACCCUAUGUGAUCAUCAAUCAAAUAGCUCAAACAUUGUCAUUGCCAAUUGAAAUUUCACAAAAAGCAUAUGAAAUCGCAACGAAAUCUACUUUUUUCACUCGUUUCUCUAUGAAAUAUACCACAAAUUUAAUUGCCUGUUUUGCUCUUCAUUUCGCUCUCAACUUAUCGCAAUUCACUGUACCUGAUAACACCGAUGGAAGUCAAUGGUUUCAUUUACUAAACGAAGAAUUCACCGAGAAAUUACUAGAAGAAUUGACGGAUGAAUAUCAUAUGAUCUGUGAAGAAAAGUGUUCACGAUUAUUUCACGAACGCUUCGAACAACUUCGACAACAAAAAAAAGUCAAUGGUUUUCAAUCCAAAUCAACAUCCAAUGGUGAACAAUCCAACUCUAUCAUUUCUCUUUCGAAUAGUGAACAACAACAGUAUCAACAUCAUCCAGUUGCCUCAACAAGUGGUUCGGUGCGAAGUACAACUUCCUCUAUUCCACAACAACCAUCGAACUUUUAUGAACAUGGUUCUAUGGAAGUUCUUCAUCACACACCAAAUCGAUCAUCCUUAGUAAAUAUACCGCAAACUACGUAUUCACCAACCACACUAUUUCAAUCACCACAACCGAAUUCGACUAAUUUUCUUGGACCUUAUCAUUCCAAUAAUACUUCAAUACCUCAACCAUCAGCGAAACCAAUUCCAACAUUGAUGUCUUCAAAUUCUUAUUACAAUUCUAUUGGAUCGCGUCAACAUUCACGAUUCUCUGGACCAAUCCUUACUUAUCCUUCUCCAUCUUCUACAAAACACGUCUUUCAUCCAGCACAUCUUCAACAGUAUCAUCAAUCAUAUCCAUCAUAUUAUCCUCAACAGCAAACGCCUCUUUUCUAUCAUCCGCCAGUAGAUACCAUGAAUCUUCAUAAUAAAAGAUACGGUGAACCACCGGCUCCACCAAUGAAACGUUUCCGGUACAGUUUGAAUCCUGCACAACAACCCUAUUAA